UUAUGUCAGUUAUAUGUUAAAGCUGUCAAAAUGGCGUUUAGCUUUCCAGCUUUUUCGUACAUUAUUGCGUUAAUUGUAGACGCAUUUCUUAUUUUCUUUUCAAUUUUUCAUGUCAUAGCAUUUGAUGAAUUAAAAACCGAUUAUAAAAAUCCAAUAGAUCAAUGUAACAGCCUCAAUCCAUUAGUGUUGCCGGAGUACCUACUACAUUUAUUUAUAAAUAUAUUGUUCCUUCUAUCGGGAGAAUGGUUUUCACUGUUAAUAAACGUUCCACUAAUCCUAUAUCACAUUCACAGAUACAGAAACAGGCCAGUAAUGUCUGGACCAGGGCUCUAUGACCCCACCAGCAUAAUGAAUGCUGACGUCUUGACUGUCUGUCAGAGAGAGGGGUGGAUCAAACUAGCAUUUUAUUUGCUUUCUUUCUUCUUGUAUCUCUAUGGAAUGAUUGUGGUGCUGAUAGCAGUUUAUAUGAUGCAAGUAAAACAAGAGGUUGCAGGGAAACUGGAUGAUCAUAAUUCAUUUCGCACGUGUCAAAUGCUGGACUGCGUACCUAGGAAGGCCGAGCGGCUCAGAUCGAGUAUAUCGCGCGCAAUGCGGUCACACGUAUACGCAGCUGUGCUCCUGUUAGCUGUCUUGAAGGAUGCCUGCGGUGCGAGAGUACUCGGCCUCUUCCCCCACACGGGGCGAAGUCAUCAGAUGGUUUUCGAGCCGCUGCUCAAAAGGUUGGCCGAACGAGGACAUCGGGUCACGGUGGCCUCGUUUUUCCCCUUGAAACAUCCACCGACGAACUACACCGACGUCAGCUUCCAAGGUGUCGCCGAUAUAGGAAUCGAAACCGUCGACCUCAGCUGGUUCGAAGGUCCAGAAAUAUUUCUGAAGAUUCCCCUCGCUGGAAGAUUUAUGAAGUCGCUAAUGGAAUUUCAUGUGUUGGCCGAUAUGGCCAUCGGGAUCUGUACGAAGCUGGUGGACUGGCCUCCGCUGAUAGAAGCGUUGCAGAAAGAUUACGACGUCGUUCUUUUGGAAAACUUCAACAGUGAUUGUAUGGCUGGCUUGCUCCACGUGUACAAGAUCAAGGCUCCAGUAGUUUCGUUGCUCUCCAGUGCGCUGAUGCCUUGGACGGCUGAGCGAAUGAGUGUCAUGGAUAAUCCGUCGUUCGUUCCCAAUCUGAGCAGGGACUACAUCCCGCCCCUGACGUUCUGGCAACGUAUGGAGAACACGUUUCUGAGCGUUUACUAUAAAUAUUGGUUUCGGUUUAUGAUCCAGACGAAGGAGCAGUAUAUAAUAGAGAAGAGGUACGGCAGGAUACCAGCCCUAGACGAGCUCGGGAAGAACAUAUCUCUCAUGUUAGUGAACACUCACCACUCUUUGAACGGCAGAAAAGUUUCGCCACCAGGGAUCGUCGAAGUCGGCGGAAUGCAUUUGGAUCCAACUAGAAAAACUGUUCCAGAGUACAUCGAAAAGUUUCUGAACGAAUCGGAGCAUGGAGUGGUUCUGUUCAGUUUCGGAUCUCUCAUCAAAACGGCGAGCAUGCCUAAGUACAAGGAGGAGAUACUCAUCAGAAGUCUGUCCAAGUUGAAGCAGAGGGUCAUAUGGAAGUACGAAGACAGCCCCGAAGAGGGAAACUUAACUGGAAACAUUUUGAGGGUCAGAUGGCUUCCGCAAUAUGAACUGCUGCAACACAAGAAGGUGAUAGCGUUUUUGGCGCACGGUGGGCUUCUGGGUAUGACGGAAGCGAUUUCCGCGGGAAAACCCAUGGUGGUGGUACCGUUCUUUGGUGACCAGCCCACCAACGCCGUAGCAGCUGAGGCGGCUGGAUUCGGGAAGAUGGUGUCUUACAUGGACCUCUCCGAGGAGGCCUUGGACGCCGCUCUACAGACCGUGCUGAGCGCUGAGACCAGGAUGAAGGCUCGGCAGAUGUCCAAAAUCUGGAGCGACAGACAGAAUUCCCCGUUGGACACAGCCGUUUAUUGGACAGAACGUGUGAUCCGUUGGGGCCACGCUGCCCCUCUACACUCCGAAGCGAGGAACAUGCCCUUCUAUCAGCUAGCUCUAUUGGACGUCGCCGCAGCUUACCUAGCUAUAAUAAUCUCUGUCAUCGUAGCAAUAUGGUUCAUCAUACAUAAGAUAUUGAGACUAUUCGUGAGGGAGGGUAAAAAGAAAAUACAUUAAGGAGUAAGAGCUUAGAUAAUAUGAAUAUUAUGUUCUAGAUCAGUGGCACUCGACCUUAUAUUUUGGUGGUGUUAACCUAAAUACAUAGUUUUAACCUCACACGGGCCACCGAUUAAAAGUCCAGGCGCGGCGCGGCGGGCCGCUGGUUGAGUAAAGCUGUUCUAGAUGAAUGAUGAAAUGAGUGCCAAAGCCCAAAACUGUCCUUAAAGUUUAAGAUCUAAAACGCUUACGUUCAAGUUUCUGCUAAGAAAACUGAAAAGUUUUUUGUUUGAGUUUGAUAUUGAUACUUGCUGCUAGGUUAUUGUCAGUUAUUGCAAUACCAUUCUCAUAAUUUUAAAACAUACGUUUAUAAUUUCGUAUACUUAUGUAUUAUGUAUAAUUUAUCUAAGUAAGUACCUACUUAUAAAAUUUUGUUCAGUGAGGCCGCAACCCAGUCCGGCCGACGUAUCUGUGCCGAAUACCUUUUUUAUGAAUAUAGAUGUCUUGUGGAACAUCUUUAUCGUUUUUGUAGGCUGUGUUGUUAUCAU